CUUCCCCGCUGCCUUUUGUUGAUGCAGAUUAGCCUUUAAUCAUGUAACCUAACAUUAGACGUAGUUCCCAGGCAUGCCUGUAGAUUUUGUAGGACGAUAUAUAAGCCAUAGUCGUACCAGCGGUAGGAAUACUAUGAGUACAUUUGCAGGUGAGAGAACGUCAUUAUUUCUUGGUCUAGGGUUUUUUUUUUCUAGUUGUCUCAGUGACAAAUGCUGAAAGUAUUGGUUGAAGUCUAUAUACUCCUGUAUGUGAGUGUGCACAAAAACCUGCCUUCUUCGAAUAAACCUAGGGCUCUGUCAAAUUAAAAAUAAGUUGAAAGGCUUUCUGUUACGGUUUUGUUCUUAAACCUUUGAGAGGAAAAAUGUUAAAGGUGACUCUGACAGACCAGACUGCCUCUCGUUAAGCUUUAGGUCUUGUUAUAGCCAUCUAUCCUGGAUCCAAGAAACAGAAAAUGUCUUUAGGAGUUUAAUCCCCGAUGCGUCAAUUCAAAAGCCAGCUAUGCGGAGCAUCUCGUGAGGCCUGGCUUCACCAGCCCGGAGGACAGCAGGAAGGGAGGUGCUCUUUAAGACGAGCGGCAAAGGAAAGGAAUUUUCCUCUGGCAAAAUUGAAUGUUUCAAUGGACACUGUUUAAGAUCAAUGAGAAAAAACAUGCCGCCCUGUUCAGACUCUAGCUUUGGCAAAAGCAUGGAAAUAUUAAGUGAAAAUGUCAAUCAAAGACACUUUACGAGGCAGUUGGCAAAGCCAAAAUCAGACCAAAAAAAAGAGGAAUAUAAAGAAGUCACCAGAACACUGAAAACCAGAGCUGAUGCAAAAGCUGCAGAACAAGUCCAUGAAGAAAAUGGGGAUUUGGAGGUCCGCCGAAGCUGCAGACUUCGACAAAGUCGUUACACCACUACAAAUCAAUCUGUUUUGUUUGACAAACUUAUAACGAAUACUGCGGAAGCAGUCUUGCAAAAAAUGGAUGACAUGGAGAAGAUGCGUAGACGGCGAAUGAUGGAAGACCUUGGGGUGUUCCAUGAUACAGAAGAAAACCUUGAUAUGUACUCCCGAGGAAACAAAGAAAUCCAAAGAGCUGAUGAAGAAAUAGCUGAUCAUCAAGGUGACAUUGUAGUGGUUUCCUCAGGAGAAAGUGAAGAGAAAGAAGAUGAUGAUGGUGAAGACACUCGAAAGCGUUACGACUUUCGGCAGAGGAAAACUGUUGAGCGCUAUCAAGCUCCAUUGGAAAAACCAAGACAACGUAAGAUUUAUUUUUCGGGCCGGUCUUCACCUGUCAGACAGAGAUGCCCAUUUAGAAGUGCUCAGUCACAAGGCUCUUGCUGCAAAAGAACUAACAGACGGAAGCAGGCAGCCCACAACAGUGAUUCCACAUCCUCUUCUUCCUCACCACCCUCAUCUGAUGAUGAAGAGGAUUUUGAGAAGCAUAGGAAGCACAGCCGUAACAGAAAUUUAAGAAGGUGUCUUCCACUAAACUUUCGGAAAGAUGAGUUAAAGGGAAUUCACAAGGAUCGAAUGAAAAUUGGAGCAAGUCUGGCUGAUGUUGAUCCAAUGCAAAUAGAUUGUUCGGUACGAUUUGAUGGUGUGGGUGGUCUUUCUGACCACAUUUCUGCUUUAAAAGAGAUGGUUGUUUUUCCACUGCUUUACCCAGAAGUCUUUGACAGAUUCAAAAUCCAACCUCCAAGAGGCUGUCUAUUCUAUGGUCCACCAGGGACUGGAAAGACACUGGUUGCUCGUGCACUUGCUAAUGAAUGUAGCCAAGGUGACAGGAGAAUAGCCUUUUUUAUGAGAAAAGGUGCUGACUGCCUGAGUAAAUGGGUGGGGGAAUCUGAACGACAGCUUCGUUUACUGUUUGAUCAGGCCUACCAGAUGCGACCUUCAAUUAUUUUCUUUGAUGAGAUAGAUGGUCUUGCUCCAGUGCGGUCCAGUAAACAAGACCAAAUUCAUAGCUCUAUUGUAUCAACACUUCUGGCACUUCUGGAUGGCUUAGACAGCAGAGGAGAGAUUGUGGUAAUCGGAGCCACCAACAGACUGGAUUCCAUAGAUCCUGCUUUACGAAGACCUGGACGCUUUGAUCGAGAGUUCCUCUUCGGCUUGCCAAAUAAAGAGGCUAGAAAAGAGAUUUUCAAGAUUCACACAAGAGAAUGGAUCCCUAAACCGUUGGACACGUUUCUUGAAGAGCUAGCUGAAAAGUGUGUUGGAUACUGUGGUGCUGAUAUUAAAUCCUUAUGUGCUGAAGCUGCCCUCUGUGCUUUGCGCCGCCGCUAUCCUCAGAUAUACAAAAGUAGCGAGAAACUGCAGUUAGAUGUCGCUUCUAUUAAAAUAACAGCAAAGGAUUUUGUCAUGGCCAUGCAGAAGACUGUUCCAGCUUCACAGAGGGCUGUAGCUUCACCUGGGCAAGCGCUAUCGCCUAUUUCAAAACCACUGUUUGAAAACACACUAGCAAGAAUUUUACAAGCGUUGCAGAGAGUAUUUCCCCAUGCAGAGCUUGCACUAAAGAAAGACCAACAGCAAGACAGUUUAAAUCAUAUUUUGAGAAAUGAUGCAAUUGACAGUGAUGAGGAAUCAAUCUUUGAAGACAAGCCAAAGCAUAAAAAGCCUGGUAAAAAAAAGGAAAAAUUCCUCAAUUUUAGCAGAAAUGCUUAUUACCAGCCAACAUCUUGCAGGCCACGGUUCUUACUAGUUGGAGAGCCAGGAUACGGGCAAACUUCUCAUUUGGCACCUGCAGUAAUACAUGCCCUGGAAAAGUUUCCAGUUUAUACACUAGACCUAUCCGUUCUGUUUGUUAGCACCACGUCACCAGAAGAAACAUGCGCACAGUUGAUGCGAGAAGCUCAAAGAACAGCACCAAGUAUAAUUUAUAUGCCACAUAUCCAUUUGUGGUGGGAGGCUGUUGGAACUACAUUGAAAGCUACUUUUACAAUGCUACUGCACAGCAUUCCAACAUUUGCUCCGGUUUUGCUGCUUGCAACGUCUGAUGUGCAUUACGCAGAUCUCCCGAAAGAGAUAAGAGAAUUGUUUAUUAAUGAUUAUGAAGUUUUCAAAGUCGAGUUGCCUAGUAAGGAUGAAAGAAGAACGUUUUUUGAGGAUUUAGUUGUAAAUCAAGUUGCUAAACCUCCUGCAUCAAAAAACAACGCAGCUCGGCAGCCAUUGGAAGUACUGCCUGUAGCACCGCCACCUAAACCUCUACAGCUGACAGAGGAAGAAAUAAGACAGCUGGAGGAGCAGGAGGAGGAUACGUUGCUUGAACUUCGGAUUUUCUUAAGGGAUGUGAUUGAUAGACUUGUUGUUGACAGACGUUUCAGAGCAUUUACAAAGCCUAUUAACCCAGAGGAGGUACCCGAUUAUGGUGCAGUUAUUAAACACCCCAUGGACCUUUCGGCAGUUGUCUCCAAGAUUGACUUGCACCAGUACCUAACUGCAAAAGAUUUUCUGAAAGACAUCGAUCUAAUCUGUAGCAAUGCUUUAGAGUACAACUCGGCUAAAGAUCCUGGAGGUCGUCUCAUUAGACACAGAGCUUGUACUUUGAGAGAUACUGCAUAUGGCAUAGUGAGGGACGAAUUGGAUGAAGAUUUUGAGCAACGCUGCAAAGAAGUUAAAGAAUCUCGUAAGAAAAGAGGUUGUAGCUCUUCAAAGUAUGCUUCGUCUUCCUACCAUGUAAUGCCAAAGCAGAGCUCUGUUCCUGGGUGUAAGAAAACAGACCCAAAGUGUAAUGACAAAAUGAAGAUGCCAGCAGCACCUGUAGAUUCCAGCACACCCCGCUCUAAAGAUGCGUCAAAAAGAAAACGCAAAAAGAACAAAGGGUCUUCAAAUAUCACAACAAAGAGGAGGAAUUUUCAGUUCAAUAAAGAGAAUAAAGUUCCAGGAGACCAAAAUGAAGGAGAGAGUGAUGAAGAGUCUCCAGAAAAACAUGUUACCAACAUGGAUCACACUGAAGUUGAGCCCUCACAGGAUUCUCCUAUGGAAGAAAAUGAAAACAUACUUCAAGAACGACAGAAAAAUGGGAAUGAAAAUAAAUCUGGGACAGAAAAUGAAAGAGAGAGAGUUAUCCUUGUGGCUAAAUCUGCUUCUGGAAAGAAGAGUGUCAUGCUUCCUGAACAUUCAGACCUAAGAAAGGAAAGUGACAUGUCGGAUGGCCAAAUACCAGAAAGUUCUGAAGAUGGAGAUUCAAAUGAUUCAUGGAUACACCGUACGACUCAUGUGAGACGUUCUUGUGUAGAAGAGCAACAGGGGAUAUAUGUUGAGAAAGCAGUGGAAAUUCUUCCACAGCCAGUGAUUGUGGAUUUCUAUGAGCUCAAACAACUGUUGAAUUUUGUCAGUGAUGUAACUAAGAACUUCAGUACAUUUCACUUGGAAAAACUAUAUGCUGUUCUUAGUCAGUGCAUUUACCAACAUCGGGAGGAUUACAACAAAACUGAAUUAGUGAAGGAAAUGAAGAAUGAAAUUACAGCCUUCACUUAUGUUCUGUGAUACUUGAUUUCAGCAUACUUGACUUCUACUCUGUAAUGUUUUGUUGUUGUUGACUUCUCUGUAAUGUUCUGUUUUCGUUGCAUGUUGUUAUCUGGUUAUUCAGUUAUCUGUUAUUCAAUAAAGUUUACUUCUACAUGUUUAUUUAUACAUAUAUUAAACAAAUAUAUUCUAAAAUCUCUUAAAGCUAAAAUAAAGUUCUUUAACUGCUUUGAUAUUUUUGUCCUCUCUCUAUAUAUUUUUAUGUGACAUACUGCUGUCAUUGCCUUUGGAACACUGCAGAUCUGAACAUCUCCCAGAUAAUUUCAGUACCUCUCUUUAAAAGAAAAUGAUCGAAAACUUGAUAAACUUUUAUCAUUGUUUUCCAGCUUGUGGGAAUACAUUUUUCUGAAGUAGUCUGUGGUGCUGUAUAGUCCCUUGUAUAUUACAUAAAGGUUUUAAACCAAAUCUAGUUUUGGUAUAUGAGAAGUAAACACUUUAGAAACCUCUUAAUGCAGUUCAGAGGUAAUUUUUUUUAAAGCACCUCAAGUGGUUUUCAUUGAAUUAACAACCUAAAGAAAGCAUGUGGGAGAAACACUUGUUCCACAAACAUAAGAACUUUUGCUAUGGCAUACUUUUGCCUGUCAAAAAACCUAACUUGAAACAAAGUAAGAUUUACAACUGUAACUUUCUAAGGUAAAGUUUAAUCUUGCUUGUAAUAAUGACGAUCUUCUUGAUACUGGAGAAUAGCAUUUUAAUCUAAAUUGUUAGUUGCAGGUUAGGUGGCUUGUAGCUGAAUUAAAUUGUAAAUAGUUUUCUAGUUACCUGUAGAGAAUUAUAUCUGUUUAUUACAUAAAAGUGAAUAUAUUGUUGGUCAAAAACAUAUUUAAGUAAAAGCAAAGCAAUACCCCAUUUUGAAGACGUAUGGCUCUUCAAACCAGCAGAGAAAAUUUCUCUCAAAUUGACAGAGUUAUUUUUUUUAAAAUUGAUAAUAAGAUAGGCAAAGUUUAAUUUUAUGAGAAUAAAUUUUUAUAUCAGUUGCAAUAAAAUAUGUGGCACAAUACGUUGCUGUUAUGUCACCUUACAUACACAACAUCUGGUGAUACUGAAUGCCUAACUGUGCAAUCCCUCUGUGUGUGUUUUGUUUCUUAAGUAUGUUUUAGGUUUUAUUGUUUCUUUCUCGUGUGUUUGUCCAAACAUUUGUGUACUAUGCAGAAUUUUUUCUUCUAUCUGUAUUGUUUGGAUGGGUAUUAAUAAAAAAUGAAUUGCCUUUGGAGGGGGGGGGGGUGUCUGUUCUAUUUUAAUCACAGAUAACAACCUUACACUUAAAAACCAGCAUGAGUCUUAAGACUGUAAAGUAAGAACUGUCUGUGAGCAGCUUACCCCACUCUUGGUGUAUUGGUUAUAUGGCAACGGCAAGCACAGGAGGAAGAAAAACUAUAUUGAAAAUUUAUGUUUUAAUGUAAUGUAUUACAUUGGAAAUGUAAUAAAGGAAUUAACGUCAUUUUUCCUUAACUUGAUCUCCA